AUGUUCAAAAUAUUGUACUCAUCGAAAAAGCAAACAUCGGGUUCAACAUGGCAAAGUUCUGGUCAAGUAUCUCAUUUACAGAAAACACUUGUUGAAACACAUUUUACAAAAUAUUCAAGAGAGUUAUACGAACGAUUACAUAAAGAAGGACAUGAUAUUGGUUUUAUUGAGAAAGGAAGUUUAUGGGUAGCUCAAACAUCUGAUCGUCGUCAUACACUUAAACGUCAAUAUUCCACAACAAAAGCAUUAGGAAUCGAUCGUGAAAUAUUAACUCAUGAACAAUUAAGAGAAAAAGUACCAAUUACUGAUUCACAUGAAAUUUGGGUAUAA